UUAAAAACCAGUGUGUUCUAUUGUUAUAACAAUAAUACUCAAGAUGAUGAAAUUUUGUAGUAAUAAUUUAAGUAAUCCAUUAAAAAUAACUGUUAAUUAAUCCACAAAAGUAUAUAACACCGUAAGCCAACGAAUAAUAAUAACCACAACAGUUCUAGAAAUAAUAAUAAUUACACCAAUAAUAAAAAUAAUCAUAAUAAUAACAACAACAAUAACAAAAGCUUCAACGUGAAUGUGUGAUCAGUAAAAUAAUAAAAUAAAAGAGACAAAUCGAUGGGGAAAGCUAUCAGAAGCAGGUCAGCGAUGAUAUUCAAUAUUAAAGUAACGAGUAACUGACCUAACUUUUCUUCAAAACAAUAAAAGGAUCCAGAGGAACAACGCAUGAUAUAUUAUUUUAUGAAGCGUUAAGGUUAAUGUUCUACGUGUGGCCAAAGGGACACUAAGACAGACAUACUAAAAUUAGUUUACAUAAAACUAAAUGAUAAUAGUUCAUUGGUUUGAAUACUCUAAAAUGAAAUAAAUAAGAUAAAAUGACAUAAAACAUAAGACAUGAGAGAAUAAAUUAAUUAAUCUUGUUAAGUCUAAUCUCAGUGCUGUAAAUGCAUUUGACGACAAAAAUGAUGACGUAAACAUUGUAAGAACAAGGGUGCAGUAUGAACGCAAGAACUCAGUUGUUUGAACUAAGCAUGGAGGGUCGUCAAGUUGAUGAAGCCGUUGCAAGUAUAUUUCACAGUGUGUUAUUUCAUCGUAGUCUUGGCAAAUUCAAAUAUAAACAAGAAGGAAGUUAUUCAGUAGGCACCCUUGGCUAUCAAGAUGUUGAUUGUGAUUUUAUUGAUUUUACUUAUGUUUGUUGUUCUUCUGUGCAUCUGGACCAAACAUUAAAGAGAGAAAUAUCUGGUUUCUCCGAGGCGUUGAGAUCAACAGAUAGUCCUGGUUCUGGACAAAUAUCAUUGGAAUUUUUUCAAAAGAAAAAAAAUCGUUGGCCUUUUCAACCGGAGUGUAUACCAUGGGAAGUAUGGACUGUUAGAUUAGAGCUUAUUAAAUUAGCGACCGAACACGAGAGACAAAUAUGUCGGGAAAAAGUUGGUGAUUUAUUGACAGAUAAAAUACUGUAUAUUACUGAAGUUAUGAAUCGUCAUGAUUAUUUACCGAAAAUGCCGAAUCAAGCAGAGUUAGAUCUCAUUUUUGAUACCUCAUACCCAGAUGUUCAGCCUUAUUUAUUUAAAUUAUCUUUUACAACUUCUGGUCCGCCGAGCACAACCAUGGGUAAUACUAUGAAAAAACUCAUCAAAGAAACUCUGGCUAUUUAGUUAUGUAUGAAUAUAAUUAUUUAUUAUCAUUCUUUUAAACUUAAAAACAAUUCAUUUUUAUAUUUCCAUCUCAUAUUGACUUAUAUAUCUUCUCAAAAAUUUGUGUGCAUCAAUUAAUUAUUGAUUUUAAUAAAUAAUUAAAUAUCGUUAAUAUAACAAUUUAACGAUCUAUUGAUGAAACUGAUUAGUACAAAUAAUAUACAAAUAUAUAACUUGCUUUAUUGUACUUCUUUAAAUUGCAUAAUAUUCAGCAGGAUUAUUAUAAUUUUUUUUUUUAAUUAAACAAAUCAUUAUUUAUAUUAUUGCUAUUAUUAGUUGUAAUAGUAUUUUGCAUGUCGAAUUAUUGAAUAUUGAUAGAUCAACGGGUUGUGUAUUAUAAAUAAAAAUCUAAGGAUAUUGUAAGCAAAAUAAUGAUAGAUAAAAUAUCAGUGUAAUAACUUUAUUUCGUAAAAUAUUUGUCAUAGGAAAUAUUUUGUUUAAAUCUAUAGCAAAGAUAAUUCUGGAAGUUGUAUUGUAUCCACUCAAGGAUAAAUGGAAAGUUUCAAGUAUAAAGUUAAACUUUGAGUUAGAGAAUAGAGAGAUAAAAGCCACGAGAAAUAUAUGUGUAUAAUAUAAUAGUAUCUAUAUAUGUACAUACAUACAUAUAUAUAUAUAUAUAUAUAUAUCUGAUUUUAAAUACAAAUACUAAUGUAUAAUAUUACGUUUAAUAUAUCACGAAAAUAUUUAAUAUCAUAAUUAACUAUGAAUGAAAAUAAUAUAAAUAUAAUAUCGCGUGGAUUAUUAUUAAAAGUCAUAGUUAUGUAUUAAAUAUAAUUUUUGUAGUUUAUAGUGGUUGUUUUUAUAUAUAUAUGUUUAAGCAUAUACACAUGCUUAACGAUAAUUGGAUUAUAAAUAACGUAUUUUUUUUUAUAUUCACAUAACGAAGUUAUUUUAUUAACAAGUUUGAAUUAUAAAUUAAGAUUUACUAUUAUUUAUAGUAAUAAAUUAUGCUAACUAUUUUUGGCAUCAUUGAUCAUGUAAAUAGCAAAACGUCUUAUGGUUAUAAAAUUAAACCGGCUUGUAUAUUAAAAACGAUUAAUUAUAAUUAUAAUUAUAAUAUAUUAGUAGAAAAUUGUUAAUAAAAUAAAAAAAAAAUAAUAAUUCUAAAUAUUAUUAUUAUGAAAUUGAGUGCCCUUUUAAUGCUGAUCAAAAUUGAAUUUUUCAUUGUUUAGCGUGUGGAAGAAUGUAUGAUUUGUAAGUGAAUAAUACAUAUUAAUGAUGAAGUGAUUCGAACUUGUGACAUGGUUCAACGUCCUAGAAUUUACAAUCAAUUAAAUAAUAAAUAUAUUGAUUGAAAAU